AUGUCGGCUGUCCCAACAUACACUCUGCUCCUGUUCCUCUCCUUGUGCCACCUCCUGGCCCCAGCCCAGGCCGUUUACCUGCAGCCGUGUGAGCCGAUGAAUCAAACGAUUUCUGUGGAGAAGGAGGGCUGUCCAAAGUGCCUGCUGCUCGAGACCACCAUCUGCAGUGGUCACUGCGUUUCCAAGGAGCCAGUCUUGAAGAGCCACUCGUCUUUGCUGUCCCAGCACGUGUGCACAUACCGAGAUGUGAGGUACGAGACCAUCCGACUGCCAGACUGUGCACGUGGGGUGGAUCCCCAUGUCACCUACCCAGUGGCCCUUAACUGCGGCUGCAGCCUCUGCAUGAUGGAGACUUCUGAUUGCAUCCUUCAGAGCCUGUCCCCAGACUUCUGCAUGAACCAGAGGACCAUUCUGUCCAUCUACUAG